AUAUUUAGUAACUAUGGUAACACGCAUGACUAGACACUGUUCUCGGGUGCAUAUAUGAAGGAAACCACAAGCGCCAAGAAGCCACUUUCAGAAGCGGUUACUAGAAACGCCUGUGCCCAGGACACUUGUGGUGAGAGUACUGAAGUCUACAGCGGUAUCUCCAGCCAGCUCGAGUCUAUAAACCAGCGACAAUUCUUCAAGAAUAGUUGGAUCUCCAAAGACUACCUGAAGCACAAAGAUGUCUUUCUGCUGGAUGUCCCCUCACAAGUCUCACAAGUCUAAGACAGACGCCCUGCACGAGUACAGAGGGGUGAUGUUCCCGAGGGGCGUGGCCAGGGAGCACCUAGACGCCAUGCCGAACUUCCAGACACGCGACGACGACAUUGCAGUUGUCAGCUACCCCAAGACAGGCACCACGUGGAUGUUGGAGAUCGUGAGCCGAGUCCUGUCGGUGGGCGGGAAGGCUGACCGGACGUCGGAGGAGAUCGGGCGGCUGUUGGAGGCCACAGUCCCCGGCACCGCCAGGCCGUCCCACGUGUCCCUGCAGGACAUGCCCUCCCCGCGGGUCAUCACCACUCACCUGCCGAGACAGUUCGUCCCGCCCGGGUUAUCCAAACCAGCAGGAAAGGUGAAGGUCCUUGUUGUGAUGCGGAACCCUAAGGACACGGCCGUCUCCAGUUACCACUUCGUCAACAAGACACACCAGCAAUCAGGCUCCAAGGCGCCGCUCAAGUGGGACAGCUUCAGCCAGGAGUUCCUACAAGGGAAAGCCGGCUGGGGCUCGUACUUUGACCACCUGUCGGGCUGGUGGCAGAUGCACAACGACCCCCACUUCCUCUUCAUCAAGUAUGAAGACAUGAAGAAGGAUCUCCGUGCAGCAGUUAAAAAGGUGGCGAACUUCCUUGAGGUGUCCCUGGACGAGGACACGCUUCAGGACGUGGUGAACGACUGCACCUUCGGCAGUAUGAAGGCCAACAUGGCCAAGUCACAACAUGCAGGGAAGAAAGUCCUCGCCAGAAAAGGUGUUGUUGGGGACUGGAAGCAGCACUUCACACUGGAGCAGAGCGACAGUUUCGACGCCAUGUUCAGGAGGGCGUUAGGCGGAACUGGGCUGGACUUCGAGUACGACGAAGCUGACGGGCCUGUGCCAGCGAGACUACAUGUAUAAGUAUUUUUAUCGUGAGGAAAAAAGAGAUUUGAUGUAGC